UUCUGGUUAUAUAUUGUUGCAGUGAUACUCAGUUACAUCCUUGUGGUUCAAAGAGCCAUUUGUUCAUAAGUAAAAUGCCACAUUUAUUUAAAAUGUAUAUUGAACUGAGUUCUGAAAAAAACAUCCUGUUAAAGCUUUUAUUUCUGUAAACUAUUAUUCGUGUAUGUUUUAGUGUUUACUGGGUGUUACAUAAGAUAAGACCAGUCAUGAUGAAAAACAUUUCAUUUGUUACAGCGUUUUAAGGGACCACGUAUAAAACCUUAAUUUUCUAUGCAUUUAAUAUUGCUGUUAAAUUAUUCUGACUUCUCUGCUUAUUUGAGUGUCAAAGUGAUCGUUACACGUGUAUUGUGUUAUGGUGUGAUGGAACUUUGAGCUUGAUGAAAAGAGGAAAGCUUAGUUAUCCCAGAUUUAGGAGCGAUCCAAAUUAAAUAGUUUGAUUCCUGAUCUGAAGAGGUGGAACUCUUCACCACUGGUUGAAAUAAAUUCUCCGCCCUGCAGUGACCACUGCCCCAGGGGUAUUUAAACCAGUGACACCAUAGUGGAAUCGGAUCUCCCUCUAUCUUCAAACUUCUUUCACCUUCUCUUUUUACGUCGCAUUACUUUUCUUUAAUUUUCCUUUGUUCUUAAAUUUUGUAAACCUAAGUUAAACUUAGAAACACUAACGAGCAACAAAUUUUGUUACGUUAGAAAGUCAUCAAGAAACUCCGCGAAACUGAAACUAUAACAAACCGUCCAUAAUUGACUUGCUAUUUCUGAUCCAACUAAUUAAAUUAGAUUCCAGCCCGUUUCCUUUUUGGGCCAGUUUAAGUACAGUAGCGCUGAUGUUUUGAAACACCUUGGAAAGUUCAGCCUGGCUGACUGUUACUUCGCUGACACCGAGCCGUCAUCAUCACCGCAGGCGACGAUUCCUGGCCCAGAGGCUGUGGCACCUGGACCAGAGAGGGCACGCCUGCUCCACCAACCGGUAACGGGAGACGCUGCACAGCGGCUACAGCUCCAAACUAAGGCAAGACGAACAUCUCUAAUCCUCUGAGAAGUCUGGUGUUUCUCAAAGUGCUAAAAUUGAACAUUAAAUUCAUUAGUUAUCCUUAGAUUUGCAUUAGUUAAAGACAAGUAAUCUUUUCGUUUGAUCAAAGCCAUCACACACUCAGGUCUUGACCAUUCUUUGUGUUUUCACUCAUUGAUUCAUUCACUGUUCAUCAUCUCAUUCUAAUCGUUCUCUUAUAUUCUGUUCUGUUUAUUUGAGUAUUUCCAUAUUAUGUUAUUCAUAUAUCCAGUAGUGUUAGAUUAAUAAAACGUUAAAAGGAAUCUGGUUUUGCGUGCAUUGCUCUUCAGAUUUAAGCAGAGGUCACUGAACCGCGACAAGAAUUCACGGCAUAAGAGACUGAUUUAGUUUUAUCACGAGAAAGUGGUUAUUGUUGUUCAUAACUGGUAACUCAUUGAAUUGACAUCUGGCGUUGACUAGAUUGAUACAGGCGUGGUUUCAGCUUUAAAACAAACCUGGUGCCCCAACUUCGAGGUAUAUUAAUGUUUCUGCAUUAGCUCCACACUCCCACCAACCUCCUCCUCCUCUCUCUGGCUGUCUCUGAUUUCAUCGUUGGUCUCUUUGCAGUGCCAUUUCAAAUUUUUUUACUUGAACCCUGCUGGUUCUUGGGUGACCUGUUAUGUGUCGUAUGUGCUAUUCGACCUUUUAUUAGUGUUCCUGCCAUCGCAGGUAACAUGAUUCUCAUAUCAGUUGACCGUUACAUGGCCGUCUGUGACCCUUUACGUUACCCCACAAAGCUCACACAAAGGACAGUUAAAAUCCUUAUUCUCCUGUGUUGGGUGUUCUCUAUUCUCUGAAGUGAAUACACCAAAAGCUGGACUAAAGCUUAGAGAAAGAAAAUAGGAAAAAAACUGAAUGACUGAACUGGAAACACAUUUAGUAUCACUUUAGGAUGUGACAUCAUGGUAGGUGACUUAGAGACAACUGGUGAGGGAGGAGAGACACAUAAAUGAAUGAGUAUGACACAAAGCUGCUGGUGAUAGAGACACUGCAGGAAGAUGAUCUGUCCUUUCCACAGCUCAACAACUGAUGCAAGAAACGCCCACACAUUCAGACCGAGGUCGUGCUGACCUACAAUAUAAAAUUGUUUAUCUAAAAGAUUGCAAAAAUGUUGUCGCUUGACACAGAAUUCCUGAAAAUACAAUAUUUCAUUUGAAACAUUCAAGUUUACGCACUGUGAAAAUUGCAACUGCAUUAACAGCAUUAACAACUUCAUACUACACAGGUAACAGUUUUCAAAAAUAUCAGCACUGAAUGCAUGUGACCAUUCCUUUAACUAUCAAUUUAGAAAUAACAAUUAUAUUAGCAGUAAAAAAAAGCUAUAUGAAAUUACUGUUACUAAUCAGAAUUCUUCCACUCAAAUCCAGUUUGAUGAAGAAGAAAUGAUGACACUCUUUUGUUAAAACCUCAUACAAGUUAGAUAAAAUUACAUGAUGUUACAUGUGUUGUUUUUCCCCACAGAAAUCCUAGACAACUUUAUUCAAGAUUAAAGAUACAAAAAACUUUAUUAAUCCAAAAGGGAAAUUAUUUUGCACUCAUUGAUUUUGUGCAUUUUGAUUGAUUUGAUUUUGUUGAUUGAGAUUCCCUUAGCCCGAGGUUAUCUUUAGCAUCUCGGCCGAGUAACCCUUCGAUCCCCGGGCCACCGCCGUCAGUGAUUCACCGUGAACUGAUAUAGAAGUGAGAAAAUAAGAGUGAUCCAUGAAGCUAAAGUUCAGUUAACGUCACAGUUAGAGGUACUGUACGCAGAAUAAGGUAGGGAGAUUAAAAAUAAUAAUGCUACCACAUCUACACACACUCACAUCUAAUUACUAGCUAAAGUUUUACCAUCAUGUAUUGAAGUUAAAGGGGUCAUAUCAUGCAAAAGUUCAGUUUUUAGACAUUUGGGGCGUUCCUAUGACUCUAUGGGUCACAUUUACACACACUGAGCAUGGCAGAAGUGCUUUUUCUCCUUUUUUUACCUUUUUCUGCAAUCACCUACACCUAGGGUGAACAGCUGAUAGCUAUCGGCCUUUGAGCGGCUACAGGCAGGGAACGGUGGGUAUUCUUCUUGUGAUGGUGCAUCUUGAGCGAGGCCCAGAGGUGCGGUCAUUUGUUUCGAUUCUAUUAACGUUCCUCAGAAAAUGUUGGUCUAACACUGAUCGGCCUGCAGUUUGUAGCUAACCACUUAGCUGUGGCAUUUGUUAGCUUGCCUUGCUUUUGUUUAUACUUCUCCCACGCACUACAUCCAAUGUAGUCUGCCGAAGAACCAAUGAACUGUAACCAAAUCUAAAAUGUAAUUUUGUGUGUGUGGCUGUGUUGCCCCGAUAGACCAGCAAAAGGCAAACUGUCACCCUAGAGAAAAACAGUUUCUAUACAAGGUGACGAUGAUGCAAGUAAGGAGCAUUAGGCAAAGUGAGAGGGAGGAGGUAAAACAGGGACAGAUUAAACCCUUGUAUGAUUCAGACACACAGAAGGCUGCAUAUUUUAACAGCUUGUCUUCCUCUUUCCAGCAAUGGAGACGCUGAAGGAUGUUAAACUGUGCUUUCCACAGCUCAACACUUCUUGCAAAAGGAACAGUCGCACUCACACUGAGGCAAUGCUCAUUUACACUCUGCUGCCGUCCAUGUCUGUGCUCACUGCAGUUCUCAACCUGCUGGUCAUCAUCUCCAUCUCUCACUUCAGGCAGCUCCACACUCCCACCAACCUCCUCCUCCUCUCUCUGGCUGUCUGUGAUUUCCUCGUUGGUCUCCUUGUGAUGCCGUUUCAGAUACUUUUUGCAGAGCCCUGCUGGUUACUAGGUGACCUCAUGUGUUUUUUCUGUAAUGUUGUAACCUUUAUCCCUGUCUCUGCCUCAGUAGUAAACAUGGUGCUGAUCUCAGUGGAACGUUUCGUGGCCAUCUGUCACCCCCUGAGUUACUCCAACAUAGUUACAGAAAAUAGAGUUCGAAUCUCUGUUCUUCUGUGUUGGAUUUACUCUGUUCUCUACAACUUUCUGAUUCUAAGUGAUAACCUGAAGCAACCAGGUAGCUUUAACUCCUGCUAUGGACAAUGUGUGAUUAGUGUCAACGGAGCUGUUGACCUUGUGAUAAGCUUCAUCAUCCCCAUCUCAGUCAUCAUUUUUCUGUAUGCGAGGGUGUUUGUGGUGGCUGUGUCUCAGGCUCGUUCCAUGCGCUCCCACGUUGCAGCUGUUAAACUGCAGCGUUCACUGACUGUGACUGUUCAGAGGUCAGAGCUGAAAGCAGCCAGGACUCUGGGUGUGGUUGUUGCUGUGUUUCUUAUGUGUUACUGCUCAUAUUUUUGUGUGUCUCUUUCUGGCUUUGAUCUAACGGUCGGUUCACCAUCUGAGGUCAACGUGGGUUUCAUAAUUUGUUGUAAUUCCUGUCUAAAUCCUCUGAUUUAUGCCUUUUUGUAUCCUUGGUUUAGAAAAUCAGUCAAACUCAUUGUUACACUUCAGAUUUUAAAGUCUAACUCUUACGCAGGUAAUGUUAUUUAGUCCAUAGAAGCAGUGACAUUGUCCUAUUGUUUUUGUCACAUCCUCUAAUAUUUACAGAAGAUACUAUAUGCUCUUUCAUGAGCUCCACAAUCACAAACACUUUUCUUCUGCAUAAUUCCUGUAUGUUUCAGUAUUUUUAUACCAAUAAAUUACAC